ACAAAUCUUGAAACCUAAUUCUACGCUUACAAUUAAGAUCAUUCACUCGCUCGCCACCCACUCGUCCGCUCCGUGUAAUUAUAGUCCAUAUUAGAGUCUUGCACUGCAAUCUGCAACCCAGUGGAAAACAGUGUACUUGUAGGCACGUAUUUUGAAUCCCCUUUUUAUCGAUAAAGCGCUUCUAAAAGUGGCCUGUAGCCAAUCAGAAGAUUUAUUAGCCACAGGCGCUUUUAUUGAUAAAAGGGGAUUCAGUAUGCGGGCCGUAGUCUACUAGAUGCCUGCAAUUGCCGGUAGUUUCCGAUCAAUUCGCGCGACUUGACAACGAGAAGCGCAAUCAAUCUAAGAAUAAAAUGAAAAAGCCCCUCGCACUACGAAGACCUAACUUGUUCCCUAGCGAAAUCUCUCACUUAAUUGACUAUUAAUCUUUUUUCGCAGCCUCUCGAAUUCGACCUUCAGAAUUAGACUUCGAUUUAAAUAACUAAUAAUUCAUACAACAUGUUAAAAUUCACUCUACGAUUCUAUGCAACGGCAACCAAAAUUUUGGAAAUUAAUCACUCAUCUAUUAGAUACACAUGUAAUGUUUUUAAUGUUUUUAAUAUAAAAUUUAUUGCAUGUACUUAAGACACUAUAGAAGACAUAAUAGAGUUGGAGCGCAGGUAGCGCAUGCAAGUAACAAGGCACGAGCAAAAUCCGUUGCCACAAAGCCUGCCGCAAAACCAGCGGGACAAAACGUAGACCACUGUCACAGGUGUAUACAGACAUAUAUUUUGAUUCUUCCAACAUUUUGCCUAUUUCGCAAAUAGAACUAACUGUGUCCACGUCGAAACCAGAGCGGCGCGUAAAAUUGUGCGUCUUCGAGUUCUAACGGGGGAGUCGUCGGUCGCCCGAGGCGAGACACGUUCGAAGGAGAGGACUGGUCGCAAAGAUAGAAAAAAGAAAAGAAACGCGAGACGCAAAAACAAACGGAGCAAUCUCCCCCGCGGACACGUGACGAUUGGAAUCGCGCGCCGGCGGGCGCGCAUGCGCGCCGCCGCGACGAGUGGCGACGCGGCGGCGGAUUCGCCCAGUCGGAGGUAGCGAGCGGAGCGGCCACACAGAUACGUAGGACGGGGCCACCGCGCUCGCGCUCGGUCCCGCUCGCCGUGGUUCGUGUCAGUGUCGUCAGAAUCGCCGCGAGUCGUCCGCGGAGCAUCCGGCUUAGCCCACAGUCGUCGCACAGUGACCGAGAGAGAGAGAGAGAGAGAAAGAGAGAGAGGGAGAAAAAGAGAGGAAGGAAGAGUGCGAGAGAGAAAGAGAGAAGAGAUAAAUAGGAUGCGGUAUCGCGCGAGAUUCCGGCGUUGCAUCCCGUGUCCGCGACUUGACGGGAACGUUGUCGUGGCCGCGGCCGCGUCCCGCUGAGAUAUGCGCGGUGUGCCGAUCCGUCGCUCCGCCGUGUGUGUGCGCGGGUUAACCUCGGGUGUAGCGCGAGUGCUCGCGAGACCGCCGCCGCCGUUGUUGCCAUCCGCGCGCCAGGUAGGGUGUGAGGUGCGAAUAAAGGGGGCAGCCGAGAACGGGUGUAUGUUCGGAUAGGAGAGGCGGGAAAGACGGGGGAAGAGAGAGAGACUCGGCGUAUCAGGCGCCGAGCACCACGCAUCCACGCACGUCCGUCAAGAUGUCGUCGUCCGGGCACAGCAGCCGCACUCGCGCCGUCCACAUCGGCUCGAUCUUCCAGAAGCUGCACGGCCGCUUCGCGGACGCGAUGACGCCGCCUAAGCUGUCGACCGACAAGCGUACGCUCGACAAGACCUGGAAGCUGAUGGACAAGGUGGUGAAGUUGUGCCAGCACCAGCGCAUGAACCUCAAGAACUCGCCGCCGUUCAUCCUCGACAUCCUGCCGGACACGUACCAGCGGCUGCGGCUCAUCUACAGCAAGUACGAGGAGCGUAUGCAGGUGCUGCACAGCAACGAGCACUUCUGCGUGUUCAUCAACAACCUGAUGCGUAAGUGCAAGCAGGCGAUCAAGCUGUUCAAGGAGGGCAAGGAGAAGAUGUUCGACGAGACGUCGCACUACCGCCGUAACCUCACCAAGCUCAGCCUCGUGUUCAGCCACAUGCUGUCCGAGCUUAAGGCCAUAUUUCCCAACGGGAUGUUCGCCGGCGAUCAGUUUCGCAUCACCAAGGCGGACGCGGCCGAAUUCUGGAAGGAGCGCUUCGGGAACAGUACAUUGGUACCGUGGAAGGUGUUCAGACACGAAUUGAAUCAGGUUCAUCAAAUUAGCUCGGGACUACAAGCGAUGGCACUGAAAUCCACGAUAGAUUUGACGUGCAACGAUUAUAUUUCCAACUUCGAAUUCGACGUAUUCACAAGGCUGUUUCAACCGUGGUCGACCCUCCUGCGCAAUUGGAAAAUUCUGGCUGUGACGCAUCCCGGCUACGUGGCUUUCCUCACGUACGACGAGGUGAAGGCCCGUCUGCAAAAAUAUUGCAUUACUAAGCCUGGGAGCUACGUAUUUCGGUUAAGUUGUACGAGGCUGGGACAAUGGGCAAUCGGUUACGUCACGUCUGACGGUGAUAUCCUACAAACUAUACCACACAACAAGAGUCUAUGCCAGGCGUUGCUGGACGGCUACCGGGAAGGCUUAUCGAUUUGCAGCUACUUAUACCCGGACGGUCGAAAUAUAAAUCCAGACUUGACGUCGGCCGUGCAACCGACGCCGGAGGAGCAUAUCAAAGUGACGGCGGAACAGUACGAAUUAUACUGCGAGAUGGGUAGCACAUUCCAGUUGUGUAAGAUCUGCGCCGAGCAUGACAAGGACGUAAGGAUAGAACCCUGCGGCCACCUUCUCUGUACUCCAUGCCUUACAGCUUGGCAGGUAGAUUCCGAAGGACAGGGUUGUCCGUUUUGCCGAGCUGAGAUUAAAGGCACCGAGCAGAUCGUCGUAGAUCCGUUCGACCCGCGAAGAACCCACAAACCUGGGGCGCAUUCGGCGUCCGCUAGCAACGCAUCGACCCCCACGCGGGAUCUCGACCCCGACACCGAGGAUAUAAUGGAGCUGUGCAACGGUAACUGCGGUCUCAUAUGCGACGACUCGGAUGAGGAGGAUGAUUCUAGUCCCACGAAUUCGCCGGUGCCGACGCGAAGAAUUGUCCCGAGUCCACCCUUGCCACCUAGAAGACCCUCGCCAUCGCCAACACCGAACAAUCACCUCAGGAACGGACGUCACCUGACAGUACCGAAGGAAAAUGCUCCGCCGCCGCCCUCAUCGGUCACAGUGAUAUUGAAUUAUACUGACAACACUCAGCAAAACAACAAAGUUAACACAGAGGCGAGAUACGACAUGCUGCACCGCGCGUCCUCGCCGUCGACGGUGCCGCCGAUUCCGCCCGUGCCACCGACGGCGGUGGUGAGAGUCCAUCCACGCCGGUCCCACGGAAAUCACGCGGGGGGCACACCGCAGCGACAACCGCAGCCACCGCCGACGUUGCCGGAGAAGACGUGUCGCACAGCCACCGCGACCAGCUCGACGACGGGUCAAACCGGGGGUCCGAGUAACAACGUGCCACCGGUACCGCCGCCCUUGUCAGCGCCACGACCGCCGAAGACCAGCAAGGAUGGUGGCACCCGUCAGGAUCACCAUUACGAGAACACGAUCGUGAUCUGCGGCACGAGUCAGCACGUCGUGAAGAACAUCAACUUGGAGGCGAACAGGGCGCGUCUCACGGCACUGAUGAGAGCGAGGGACGAUUCGGGUGGUGUCGGUGGCGGCGGCGGUGCGAUGACCAAGCCAGAGUCGGCGGCGUACGAGAACGUCAACGUCGAGCACAUCACGAGGCUGACGGCGCUCGGCUUCGCGCAGGACGCCGUCAUCAGGGCGCUCGGCAUCACCAGGAACGAUCUCGAGAUGGCGCGUGACAUAUUGCACGAGUUCGCCACGAAAUCCUCCUGACCAGGUACAAAUAAGCGGCGUCAAUCGCAACGAAUGUCUUGGCGAAUACGAAGCGCUACUGAACGGCAUGCGUUCAAGCAGUGAAGAGCGAAUCUCCGAGAGGUACUCUUUCCUUUCGGCUCCUCGAGUACUUCGGUUUAUGCCGAGUAGCGACCACUUCACUUGGAUGUGACGAGUAUAGCCCGAAUAGAUAUUAACUUGUAUCUGUGUCGUCCCUCGCGCUUCGUGUAUCACGUCAUCUAAAAUAUCAGAUUGAGAUUAUUACUAUGAUCGAAAAAUGACUGUAACUUUAAAGAUGAUUGAUUUAAUCGCAGGGCCGAACACUGAGGUCUCAUGACCGGCCUUACCUGCUAGACGGUACUUUUGACAGGGAACACGCGCGAACUCCUGCAAAUCCCACCUCUGAUGCGUUCACAGACACGCCGCGCGUUCUCGCCGAGCGUCUCAUCACGCUAGUGCGGUAUCGGCGGCGUUCCGUUUUACGCCUGCACGCGAAGAGUGAGCGUUGAAAGAGUCACCGUGGGGGGACUCGUCGAGGAGAAAUUCCAACGGAGGGUCUGUGAAGCAUCCUCGAGAACGUCGAGCAUCAUGCACGUUUCAUGGAUCCUUCCUCGUCGCGUACCGACUUUUCUUUCGGGCGGCCUUCAACGAGGCUCCAGACGCUCUCGUUUUUUCGGGAAAGACUGUUCGCAUCGCGGCGCGCAAGCGGCAGAUGUAAAUAGAGGCGACGACCGACCAAAGACAACUUGCGGCUGCCGAAAUGUUCUUCACGAACCACACAUGUAGCACAAGCAGACUAGCGUGUCCCGUACUUCCUUAUAGUAAUCUCUCUCUACUGGGCGUAGUUACUAUUUCGUUCCUCGAUAUACUUAAGGUGAAGAUUAAUUGUACAUUUGCGCAAAGAGAUUUCGCUUGCACGCACGUACGUACGUAUGUACGUACGUCGGAAAGCGCUCCUCGAAAGUCUUCGGUCGUUCGUUUUCCACAUUUUGUAUUAUAUAGCGUAUCUCACGACACAACGAACGCGCGGUCUGAUGUCGCGUUGUUCCGGGAUCGAAAACGCGUUUAGAAAUUACACGUUUCAAUCGAAGGCAAUACAAUGUUCUAUCCGUUUGACCGACGUAACGAGCAUAUACAUCCAUUUAAGAUAUCCUACAUAGAGAGCAUCGGUUCGCUAGAUACUUCGCUAUAUAAAUGUAUAAUGAUAGUACUGACCGAAAGUACGUUAGACGAAAAAUGCCUGGCAUCUAAUUUUGUAAUCCCGUUCCCUCAUCAAAUUAAAGUAGUUACAUAUAUGUAUAUGUAUAUAUGUAUAUAUAUGUAUACACAUAUGUAUGUAUGUAUAUCGCUAUUUAAUGUAUAUUAUGUAUAAAUGUCCUCCACACACGUUAGCGCUGCGUGAGUCACACGCACGCCAGAUACUUCGGUGAGAAUGAAAAGCGGCGAAAUAACGAUUCAGGUGUAUAAAAUUGUUAAUCCGCAUUCGCGAUUUCUGAUCCCAGCUGAGAGAACUACGUCGAGACACGAUAGAGAGUAACGCGCACAGGAUUUGGCACUCCCUAGAUCCGAAAUCUACGCCGGAGCUUUUCGUUCUUCGACUCGCAUACACGAGCUUACACAAAUUACGCGUACGACACUUACUCGGCUUCUCACCGCGCACGAGUAUCGACGUAGGAGGAGACGAGAACAAAGGGGGGGUCGGAAUCGUAAUUUCGAACGCGGAAAGGCGACGUGCCGAAUAUCAAAAGUUCACAGCUCUCUGACGACCUCGAGACGAAAACCGCACCCGCGCGCAACUCGAUCGGGGAAGUUACAGAUAUACUAUAAGAUCGUAUACAUAUACGGAUUAUAAUGGAGAAUACUCGAAAACGAGAACAAGUGUUCAGGUACGACGGUAAUGAGGCAUACUUGGCGAUGAUUUGCUGCACGGUCGCGCCGAGUCGAGAAUAACGCCGUAUCGAGAUACCAAGAGUAUCGCUUUACAUUUAAUUUACGCCUUGCGGUAGAUGCUCAAACAUAGCGCAUAAUCGUUUCGUCCUGCGAAAGGGGCAGAUCUGAACAGCGAGAUGAGAUACCGAACGAUAGUGGGAUCCUGCCGCCGCGACUUUGCCGAGCUUGCAAAAGCGAUCAUUCGUCGUGACGACAGGGAGGCGCUUGUGAAUCAAUUCCUGGAACGACGAUGCAAACGUCCCGCGUGUGUUUCGCACGACGGUUGCACGACGAAAAGUUAUAAUUACUACCUCGCGAUUAUACCAAAGGUAUACGAUGUGAUCGUCCGAUGUACGAAGAACGUUAUCAGGUGUGUCGCUCGUUAAAACGUGUUUAAUGAUUCUUUGAACGCGUUUCGCAUACACACACACACACACACACACCCACCCAUCCACCCACCCACACACACACACACAAACACACAAACACAGGCGAACCAUCGUGUAGUGUAAUUAAUAUAUAUUUAGAUACCAUAUUCAUGCUACUAUUGAAUUUCUUUCUUAUCGCGGAGACGCGCGUCUUGUCGAAGCGUCCCGCUGUUACGAAUAAAAAGCGGGAACAGUUCAUCCUGCAGACUCGAGUGACAACCGUAGCGUUUCAAGAGAAUCGCCAGUAUCGAAAUUCACCGUGCGAUCCCGUCGAUAUUGAGAACCGAUGCACCCAAUAAUUUUAUUCGCUUCUUAUUGUGCACCCUAAUCGCGCCAGUCGCAGUAUCGUUCUACCCCUGAGAAGAAUUUUCAGCCUUCAUGUUCGGAUUCGACGUCCGCACGGGUGCAUUCGGUGAAAUUAGGUGUCCUAUUUUUCUACAUUGUAUAUUCUCGUCGUUGUGUACUGUAUAAUGUACCGCGCGCGGGUGAGAAGCGCUCGAGGUACGUCGAUGCCUCGGAAAACGGUGAAUGAAGGUUCCAGACACUUUCGCGCUUCUCGUCGCGCGUUAACGUCUGAUGA